AGAAGAAUGAGGAAGUAGCUACCGGUGAAUGUCAGCUGUCGGUAGUUUCUGGAAUGGUUUCUCGGUAAUUCUGCUGGAAACCACCUCAUGGAUGAGGCAGCGAGUCAGCUAGUAACUUCCUGCCUGCUCGCUGCGCUGUCAUGGCGGACGAACAUGAAGGGACGGAGGACCGAGGUACCAGAGAGCCUGAGCGGCCGCCAGCAGCGCGUGACCCGGCGGCGUCAGUCCCUCCGGGACUGGGCUCCGAGAAGCAGGCACCGAGGAAGAAGUUAAUCCUUCACAUGGACCUGAACAACACCAUCCUGGUGUCGGACUCGGUGACCGGACAGGGGACCGUAGCCGCCCUGGAUUACUUCCUCACCACCGUCACAUGGGGGCGGAUGAGCGAAAGCGGAAAGUGGGAAUGGUUGAGUGACUCCGCCUCCAUGUUUCCUCCCUGCAGCGGCGCUGCCAGCUACUACUCUCAGUUCGGACGCUCGCCGUGCUUCACCUCUGUUGCUGGGCGACGCUUCCGAGGACUUUUGGAGGAACAUCUAGAGCUGCUCCGCUGGCCUGAGGGCGCCAAGAAAGACCCACAGCUGUCGGUCAGAGGGGAGGAUGGGCGGCUUUACCACUGGAUCCUCCCUUCCUUCUUCCAGCUCAUCAGAGACCUGGCGCAGGAAGGACGAGAGUUCGCCAUUGUUUUCCGCACGUUCGGAUCGGACCUGCCUCGCGUGCUGAGGGCUAUGAGUCGAGCGCUGAAGGAGGGGCUUCAUCCACUGUUCCCUGAUCUGCCUGAGCUCAAGCUCAGCGUGGACAUGACCCCAGGAAAGAUCCGCUGCAGCAGAAGAGGGAUCGUCCUGAGCCGCGCCGAGGACCGCCUGUCCACCAGCAAUGGGGAGAGAGGACUCUACCAGUACCUGAGCUCGGUGCAGGGUCUGGGGGGGUUCCAGGACCACUUUGACUGGUGGGCUAGCAACACCUUCUCCAUACGAGGAGGGAAACCGCUGUGGAUUGACCCCUUUGACCAGCAUGUUCAGCACAUCUUCAUAGACGACAACAUCCGACAGAAUGAUGAGGACACCAUAGUCAGUCCCAAGGUCUUCCUGGAGCCAGGCGGCUCCGACACUCGCCCUGCGUGCACCUCCGAGCUGUACGACAUCUCUUUGGUCCGGACGAACCUCCUGCAGGCCAUUUCAGACCAAAGCUACUUCACUGGGCGGGUCCACAUCUGUCUGGAGAACUAUGAGAGGAAUCUCCAGAACGGCUUCACCGACUAGGAGCCAGGCUCCUCCAGUUUCUGUGACUCUGUGAGCGGGUGGGGGCUCUAUGGGGGUCAUCGCCCAUGUAGGUGCCGUGUAAAACCACCAGGAGUUUCCAUGAGCUUUUAGUGGAUUUUGUGUUGCACUGAUGAUUAUUUAUUAAAUAGUCAGUUUAGGAUGAGCUAAACCUGUCAGGGGUUCCAAUAGUUUGGGGCUAGCUUCACAGCCAAGGAGGUGAUGUAACUUUCAUCCUGAAUGUGAGCUUUGAUUAGAAAAUGAUCA